UGUUUGCAUUAGCACGUGAGAGAUCAGCUGAUCGCCCUUUUGCUUUUCAUUUUAAUGGUCAAGUGCCGUAUUAAAGUGAUGAAACGUCGCGUUAUUUCACAAUAUAAUCCUGAGAUAGCUUCGUAAAGUUUCCAAUGAUUAUUAGACAUGAAUUAUGUGGUUUGGUCUUCAGUGUUGCUUUAUUCUUUGGCUGUUAUCGUACUUAACGGCGCGCUUGCAUUUGAAAUUAAGAGUCCGGGAGUUGAAAGCAUCUCUCUAAAUGGAAAAUGGGAGCUGUUGAAUUCAAACUCAUCUUUCUCUCUCAGUGCGGAUGUACCGGGCUGUGUUUACACAGCUUUGCAGCGUCAGGGAAUUAUUUCGGAUCCAUACUACAGAUUUAAUGACCUGGCAUAUAGAUGGAUUUCACUUGACAACUGGACUUACACUACGUCAUUCUCAGUUCCUGCUUAUGUCAGAGGAGCGGGGAAAGCUGUUCUAGUGUUUGAAGGGGUUGACACCGUCUCCACCAUUUCUCUCAAUGGAGUUACUAUUGGACAAACAGACAACAUGUUUUGCAGAUAUGAUUUUGAAGUCACUGGAUUACUCAAGGAUCAGGAAAAUAUUCUCAAGGUGUGGCUCAUGUCAGCUGUGACAUACGCAUCUCAAAGAAGCCAUGACCACACUCAGUACAGCGUGCCACCUGCCUGUCCUCCACCUGUACAGAAAGGAGAAUGCCAUGUUAACUUUAUUAGAAAGGCUCAGAGUUCAUUUAGCUGGGACUGGGGUCCAUCUUUCCCCACACUGGGCAUCUGGAAGGACGUUCGACUAGACAUCUUCAAUACUUUAAGACUACUGAGUUUUACCACCAGUCCAAUAUAUGACUCCGAACAUUCAAGCUGGAAUGUUGAAGUGGAGUUGUUCUUUGAUGUUGUAGUUACGUCUAAGGGCUUUGUCCAUCUGUCUAUACCGUUAUUAGAUACAGAGGCAGAUUUUAGUCUGUCUCUUACUACACCUGGGCAGAAUAUAAAGUCUUUUCUCCUUCAGGUCAACCAGAAUGCCAGUAUCAGAUUUUGGUGGCCUUUUGGACAUGGUGAGCAGCCUCUCUAUGACCUGAAGAUUGAGAUCAACGUGGAGGGUGGAGAGACACUAAAAGCACACAGAUUGAUUGCAUUCCGCACUGUGGAGUUGGUCCAGGAGCCAAUUCCCUCCUCCCCUGGCCUCAGCUUCUACUUCCGAAUUAAUGGAAAGCCAAUUUUCCUAAAGGGUUCGAACUGGAUUCCUGUUCACGCAUUUCAGGACCAGGUUACCACUGACAUGAUCACAAUCUUGCUCCGGUCUGUACAGAAGGCAAAUAUGAAUGCCUUAAGAGUGUGGGGAGGUGGAGUUUACGAACAAGACGUCUUCUACAGCCUGUGUGAUAUGUACGGGAUCAUGAUAUGGCAGGACUUCAUGUUUGCCUGUGCGUUGUACCCUACAGAGAAGGAUUUUAUACAGACAGUGAGGACAGAGGUCACACAACAGGUACGACGACUGAAAUCUCAUCCAUCAGUGAUCAUCUGGAGUGGAAAUAAUGAGAAUGAAGCUGCCAUAGCAACCAACUGGUUUAACCUACCUUUUGCUGAGCAUCCACUUUAUGUGAAAGAUUACGUGAAUCUGUAUGUUGACAAUAUCAGAGACAUUGUACUGCAGGAAGAUAGCAGUCGUCCUUUUCUGGUGUCCAGCCCAACCAAUGGGAUACAGUCUGAGAAGGAAGGCUGGGUGGCUAAUAACCCCUAUGACCCCCACUAUGGAGAUACCCACUACUACAACUAUACUAAAGAUUGCUGGAACUGGACUGAAUUUCCUCGUACACGCUUUGCUUCUGAGUUUGGCUUCCAGUCCUGGCCUUCAUUGUCCACCUUGAAUAAGGUUUCGGUGCCUUCAGACUGGGAUUUCAGCAGUGAUUUCUCAGCUCAUCGGCAACAUCAUGCAGAUGGAAAUGAGCAGAUGCUAAACCAGACAAAGCUACAUUAUAUUCUGCCCAACAGCACAGACCCAGUGCAGAGAUACAGAGACACCAUUUACAUCACUCAGGUCAUGCAGGCACAAUGUGUAAAGAUACAAACAGAAUUUUACCGUCGCAGUCGCAGUGAGAUCAUCGACGGCAAAGGUCAUACGAUGGGCGUCCUAUACUGGCAGCUCAAUGAUAUCUGGCAGGGGCCUUCCUGGUCUUCUAUAGAGUUUGGUGGUAAAUGGAAAAUGCUGCACUAUUGGGCUGUGGAUUUCUAUGCUCCUAUCCUCUCAGUGGGUUUUGAGAAUAAAGGAGAUUUGCUGAUCUAUGCCAUCUCUGAUAGCCAUACUUCGGACCACAAAGUCAAAGCCAAGGUGGAAUUAUACAGCUGGAGCAGCUUUGAUGCCGUGUGUUCUUUAGAAUCUAAUUGGACUAUAAUAAAAGAAGGAGAGAGCAGUCUGGUGUUUCAGCGUCCUGUUUCUGAUGUACUAACAAAAUGUGUGAAUUGCACUCGGCAAUCCUGCCUUGUCACUUUUCAUCUUCGUAGUCCUGAAGGUCAAAUGAUCAGUGCUCGCAAUCACAUGUUCCUCAGUUCUCCAAAGGACGCAGAGGGCUUGCAGAAACCCAACAUCACGUUUACCGUAAAGGACUCUGAUAUUGAACAGAAUUAUGCCGUGACUCUACACUGCUCUUUCCCUGCUUUGUAUGUUUGGCUGGAUGUUGAUGAUGUUCCCGGUCACUUUAAUGUCAAUGGCUUCCUGAUGCUGUCUACAAGUUACACCGUUUUUUUCGGUGCAUGGAGACCAACCACUGCCGAGGAACUGACUGGAAAACUUCAUGUCACAUCUCUCAGGGAUGUCUACUAAUUGUUGUGUGUUUAACUUUAAACUGUAAUGGGAAACUAUUGGAUAUACAAAGAAGUGCCCGAAAUGAAAGGUUAAGAGUUAUGGUUUUUUACAUUAUAGCCGUGUAAAAACACAACAUGUAACAGAAUGUAAGCUUGGGUUGGAUGCCAUUGUCACAUUUAACGACACUCACACAAACACAUUUGUUUUGUAGGCCUACUUUCAACGUAUUUGUCUUUUCCCACCAUCUUUGCUUUUUAUAGUAACACCUGUUGAAUGUGUUUCAAGUCAGACAAAGUAAAACUAAUAACAAAGA